GUCUUCCUCUCCCCGGCUCUGCAGCUUCAUUGGUCGGCAGCUCUCUUGAAUGAAGCGCCGCAGAAACGUGCAGCAGGCAGGAGGAAGCUGUGUGGGCCGCCGCAGGGAGGGACCGACGCACAGCAACACGACCGCCGGGCGGGCUGCGGUGGUGGUCGGACACCGGUUAUCUGUCGACCAGAGGCGACUGGCUCUCUCCCGGAGCUCGGUGUCGGAGAGUGAAUGAGGUUGAUGCUGCUCUGCUGCACCUGGAAGGACGAACGCAUGGGAGAGGAGGAAGCUGGAGGAAGUUUGCCCGUCUGUGCGGGAUGCAAACAGAGGAUCUAUGAUGAGCAGUACCUCCAGGCCCUCAACAAUGACUGGCACACCGUCUGCUUCAGGUGUUGUGAAUGCAGCGCCUCGCUGUCCCACUGGUAUUACGAAAAAGAUGGACGGCUCUUCUGUAAGAAGGACUACUGGGCCAAAUUCGGGGAGCUGUGCCAUGGCUGCAACGACCCGAUCACCACUGGCCUCAUCAUGGUCGCAGGGGAACAGAAAUAUCACCCAGAAUGCUUCACCUGUCUGAACUGCAGGGCAUUCAUCGGAGAUGGAGACACAUAUGCUCUGGUGGAGAGAUCCAAACUCUACUGCGGUCACUGUUACUACCAGACCAUCGUCACCCCGGUGUCGCUGCCGGACUCGCCAUGCUCACGAAUCCCUCACACGGUCACACUCGUGUCCAUCCCGGCCUCCGCCGAAGGCAACAACGGCCGCAGAGGGCGAGGUUUCUCUGUUGCCAUCGACCAGCCGCUCAGCCCAACCAACGGCUACAGUCCUGAACAUGGACACACCGUCAGAGUCUCCCAGGUGGACGCAGACUGCAUCAGUCCAGAUGUGAAGAACUCCAUUCAUGUUGGAGAUAGGAUCCUAGAAAUCAACGGGACGCCCAUCCACAAUGUCCCACUGGAUGAGAUCGACCUGCUGAUCCAGGAGACAAGCCGGCUGCUGCAGCUCACCAUCGAACACGACCCUCACAGUCAGGAGCAGGAGGGAGGCUCCUCAGGGGCUGAAGAGCAAGGCGAUGGCCCCCUAUCGACUCCUCUGUCAGAGGGCCCCAGCCCCAUCCUGCCCAUCACACAACCCCCACACCCUGACAUCAACAGUCUGAGGUCCCGCAUCAUCACGAGGAGCUACAGUAUUGAUAAGUCACCAGGCUCUAGCAAUGCGGCGUCUCCCAUCUCCCAGAGGAAGGACAUCAAUCGAUCAGAGUCGCUUCGCGUCGUGUCCAAUCAGACGCAUCGCAUCUUCCGCCCGUCUGACCUCAUCCAUGGAGAGGUGCUGGGGAAGGGCUGCUUCGGACAGGCCAUCAAGGUGACCCAUAAGGAGACGGGGGAGGUGAUGGUGAUGAAGGAGCUGAUUCGCUUUGAUGACGAGACUCAGAGAACAUUCCUGAAAGAGGUGAAGGUCAUGCGUUGCCUGGAUCAUCCCAACGUGCUCAAGUUCAUCGGAGUCCUCUACAAGGACAAGAGACUCAACUUCAUCGCAGAGUACAUCAAGGGAGGCACCUUGAGGGAGAUCAUCAAGAAAAUGGACAGCAACUAUCCCUGGAACCAGCGGGUCAGUUUUGCCAAGGACAUAGCUGCUGGGAUGACGUAUCUGCAUUCCAUGAACAUAAUCCACCGGGACCUGAACUCACACAACUGUCUAGUCCGAGAGAACAACACAGUGGUGGUGGCAGACUUCGGGCUGGCUCGGCUCAUGGUGGAUGACAAGCACGAGGAGAAGUUGUCGCAGGGUAAACUGCCCGGCCUGAAGAAGCCUGACCGCAGGAAGAGGUACACCGUAGUGGGAAACCCCUACUGGAUGGCUCCUGAGAUGAUCCAUGGGAAGAGCUACGAUGAGAGAGUCGACAUCUUUUCCUUUGGUAUCAUGCUCUGUGAGAUAAUUGGCAGGGUGAACGCAGACCCAGACUACCUCCCCAGGGCAAUGGACUUCGGACUGAACGUGUCUGGCUUCCUGGAGCACUUCUGUCCCCCUGAUUGUCCCCCCGCCUUCUUCCCCAUGGCUGCUGUGUGCUGUGACCUUGAUGCAGACAAACGGCCUGCUUUCUCCAAACUCGAGGAGUGGCUGGAGAACCUAAAGAUGCACUUGGACAUCGGUCUGCCGCUGGUGUCUGAAGUGGACCAACUGCACAAGGCCUUCUGGGAGAACCACAGCAUUACACGCCCUGAAAACGGCCUGCACACUCACCCCGAACAGCCGGAGUAGGGCUUAACAUGACUGGAGGGAGUGGGAAGUUAACGUUAACCCCGCACGGGCAGCGAUCGCCAGCCUCGGGCAGUGCAGUGGCUGGAGGCGUCGUGUAAAUAGUCCUCCGUGUUUGGAGCUGCAGGCGUAGGCUGGCUCAGGCUUAACGAGUAGACUCAGGGGGAAAACGUGGAUCUGAAAAGCCACCUGUGCACGACGCGCGCACACACACACACACACACACAUUUAAAGUCAAAUCAAGAGACAUUAACUACGAUAGCUUGAUCCUGCUGCACCUGAAGCUAAAGUAGAACAUAUCAUAUGCAAUCAGACCCAACAUUCAAAUCAUGACUCAACUCUUGAAUCAUGUAGAUUUCACAUUAGUGGUCAAACCAUUCAAGAAUACUUACUGUACUUACUGUAGUGUGUAUAUUCAUGUGGACAACAAGUCCCAAAAACAAGGCAGACCUUCAGCCUCUACAGAGUACAUUGUGCAGUAUGUGUUUGCAGGUGUUUCUGUGUGACUUUGGUUUGAUUUUGCUUUUUGAUUUGGAUAUCAAAACUGGACUUGCAGAGGAGAGGGGCCCGUCUGUCGCUUAAAGUGGAAACAGACAACUUUUUAACUUUUCCCCCUCUAGUGUUUCCAACUGGCAUUAUUGUUGGCGCCACUGUCACAAAGAGAACCGAAUCGCCUUCUGUUUUCCUCAGAGCCUAGCAACAACCAACAACACAGGACACACUACAUUUCAUUUUUACAUUAGGCUUGGGUAGUAUCUAUUUCUUCAUAACUCCUUACCUCCCUGAAAUUUCAACAGGGUAUACGGCUACCUAACCCCUCACCCCCCAACCUAACUAGAAAGUUUGCUAAGUUCUGCAAGCUGUCCUAGGUUUUUCAGUCAAAUUAACAAACAAAAAUGUCAAGAAAGGUGAAAUUCUUACACUUACUUUCCUUAUUGAACAGAGAAACACAACCAUACAGCUUCUAAAUGAAAGUUACUGUCUUUCACUAAACUAAGACUAGCUUAAUCGCCUUGUUAAGUGAUGGUAAAACACACUUCAUUCAGAGUCGACAGAAACAAAAGUCACCAAAACCAUCUUGGUCAGUCUUGUUGGACAUUUCAUUAGUUAGUCUGGUUUGGUCAGAAUAAACCCUUAAAAUAUGCUGUUUUCCGCUAAUGUCUCUCUACAGUUGCUAGCCAGUUGUUGACAGUCCUGUAACGUUAUCCCCACCGCUGGCAGUUGUCAUGUUCCUAAGCUCAGCCGCCUGUUCCCUAAGUAUUGACUGACCUCUGGUGGCACAUGAUGAGCACUACAUACAAUACAGCCUCUCCAUAUGAGUUUAAUAAAAAGAGGAGCUACUGUAUUUUUUUUACAGUAUUGAAAAUCAUUCUGUCAGAAUGUCUUAAUACCCUGGUAUACCAUAAUGCUGUGAUACCGCCCAAGCCUAUUCUCCCCAGUUACUUCAGUUGUUCCAAUAUUUGCCAUUUCCACUACUGCAGACAGUAACUGCAAAGACCUUACACUGAUACUCUUUGGUAACUGGGGAUGACUACUAAUACCCACCGGGGAAAACAAAAGUGCUGUCCUCUUUCUGUUUUGGUUGCACAAUGUUUAACGCACUACUUUUGUGCUGUAAAUCAAGCCUAAGAGAGGCUUAUAGGGAAUCAAGCUAUACGCAGAUGAUGUCAUUAUUCUAUAGCCAUUACAUUGUGCAGUUAACAUUACUUCAUAAUGAUGAGCGAAAGCAUAAAAACUUGUUGAUCUCCACUUUAAGACGCUAAGAUUUAGAUCAAGUUGCUGUCCACUUGUACAAGUCAAACAAAACCUUUUAAGCUUUAAAUAGUCCACUGAAGAAUGCAUGAGUGUAAAUAAUGCUGUCAGGUCAUAUCCUGGUUCAUUGUGUCGCUCUGACCUCAUUUGGUCAUAAACUAUGAGACCUACCUACAUGCGUCUGUGGCCCCUCUCCCUCAUUUAUUGUGUAGCACUGACUUUAACAGGUUCACAUCUUUUGCAUAAAUUUGGUACGUUGUCUCCCGAUUUUAAGAGUGUAUCUCGUUUAUAUUGACGUGGCAUCUUAAACUUUCAGACGCAUACCAGUGUACGUAGCUGGCGACAUUGUAAAUGUUUUAAAUAUUGUAAAUGUACAGACAUAUUUUAUAUACGUAUGCUACAUUGCCAUAUUUUUAUUGGCCGACCAGUUGAAAUUGAGAGUUAAAGUUUGACUGCAGUCAUUAGGGCACAGCUGAAAGCUUUAUUGUUGUUUUUUUUUCUACAUUUCCACCACUGUGGCAGGUUAGGGGCUUUUAGCAUUUGAGAUAAGAGGAAUCUUAUCACCAUAAAAUAUCUCCUCCCCUCGGUUCAAGCUCAGUAAAUGUUACAUCCUGUCAUUUCCCUCCAUCCAAAAAGUAUUUCUUAACAUUUGAUCUUGGAGUUUUCAUGUAUCCAUAGAAGUGUGCUGGAGUAAAUUUAAUAAUACUAGAUUAUUUAAUCCCAUCAGAUGUGCUGAGCUAAUUCUGCACAUCAACUCUAAUUAUGUGUGACGUGAGAGUUUUUAGGGCGAUGAAUCUGUUGUUAGUUUCUCUCGUCUCAUGUACUGUACAGUAGUUCAGGUGUGGGGAUAAUAUCACCAGGUACUGCCUCAUCAUGUCAGCUGUCUGUCCACAUAUGUGUCUCUCCUCCUGUGGAUGACCCACUGUUUGUUUACAUGUAAAUGCUAGCUGUAAAUAUCACUGUAAAUAAGCAUCUGUCCUCACAUCUGUCUGCGUGCAUUGCAUAAAUAUGCGCACUCCUCAGAAAUAAUCUCUUCCACUGUCAGAUUUCUCUCUUCUUGCACCUUCUAACAUACAUUUUCUGUCUCUAUUUUUUUUUUCUGUUUGUAUUUCCUGCUUUUGUUUCCCGAGCUGCAUGAUGUACUAGUUCUCCUCAGCUUCUAAACCGAGCUCUUUUUUGUCUCUAAAUGAUUUAAUUUUAAAUAAGAAAACAAAGAAUGAAAGACAAAAAAAGUUGACGGAGACAGUCAAGCUAAAAAUGUAAAGAGAAAAAAAACCCCACAGCAUCUGUUUUUUAUAUAUAUAUAAAACCACUGAAAUCUUUUUGUAUAGAUUUGAGUACUUUAAUUUGCACUAUAUUACCAAAUGGCUGGUUGUAGCCAUGUUUGUUAAUUUCCUCUCUUGGGCUACUUGUGAUAAGGAAAUAAAUUAUGUCAGUUCAGGUUGAUAUAUGAAUGCAAGACACUGAUAGAGCCUUUCAACUGUUAAAAUGGGAUCUGGGAAGUGCAUCCUCUUGAUAGCAAAAUGUUUCUGAAUAUUUAGAUGCAUUUUUUGUGCAUGGUUCAACUUUUAAAUAUUGGCAGGAGCCUGUUUGGUCCCUCUGUGAUUUUAAAGUUGCAUAUCUUUAGAGAAAAUGACUGUAAUUUACUUUUUAAGCUUUGGCAGAAGUCUUUGAAACGUCUUUGCUGCCAUGAGGAUGUGAUGUCCCAGCUCUGCCUGCUGCCUACAGACCGGUCCUUUGUGAAUGAUGUCCUGUGUUGUUUCCGACUGCUUGGUUUCGUAUGUGAUGCCCACAGAGGCUGCAACCACUGCUGGUCUUUCUGAUAGUAGAGCACUUAAACUGGCCUGUCUCACCUCUCACCUCCCCAUCACACUCUUUUGGCUCAGGGCCGUACUUUUCUGGAGCUUUCUUCACAAUUCAGUUAAUUCAGCAGCUUAAUAGGAAAGCAGCAUUCAACAGUAAUAGUGAGACUCAAAGAGCAUGUGACCUUCUGUUAGUGUACAGGCUGAUAACACAAAAUAUGCUUCUGUAAAACAAGCCCCUCCUGGUUGGUGUGUUCGUCCAUGGGCAUGUACUGUACAUGAGCGGCUUUGCCAUGUUUCUGUCUCCGUUCCUGUCUGAGCCAUGUCAAGCAUGUUAGGUGUGUCUGUGAGGACGUGUUGAGGAUCAAUGAGAAUGUCGCCGCAGCACUUCUCUGCAAAGGAUCGUUACCUCUGAACAAUGCUGUGCCUUUGUUGUAAGCUAGCCUUGCCAACAACUCGAAAACGUGAACUGAUUUCCUUUUUUUUUAUUGCAUCAUAAGUGCAAGCCUGAUUCUAGUGGAUUGAAUAUCAUUGCUGAUACUAUGUUGUAUGAGAUUUCAUCUUGUUCUGUAUCAUAUUUAUAUUUUCCAGAUCUCCAUUGUUAGUUUUGAUAUUUUAAUAUUUCUUUUUUUGUGUGUUAUUUAAUUUUUUUACACAAGCUGUGAAAACAAUUCUGCACUUUAAUCCUGAACGUGAACAUUUAGACUCUGAGGAGGUGACUGUUUUUUUUUUUCUCCCCUUUUUGUCACAGCUAAAAAUAAAACUGUUGCUUCUAAAACAAA